AUGCCAUCUGUGAUUUGCACUGUAGCCGUUCAACGAUACAUCUACUAUCCCUGCCAAAUGGAGUUGGAGGAGGCCGUUAUGAACAAACCGGAAAGGGCCCUUGCAUUCAUUCUCGCCUAUUUGAAGUAUCGUGGACCUUUCUUCACCUGGAUAAUGCGCAAUGGAGAAGACGGCAUGGCCACUGGACGGUGAGUACGCCGAGGCAGUGGUUCUUUUGGUCAGAUGUUGUCACUGUGCGGGUGCGUAUUAAUUUAAGUGUCUAAAAAUUUGCAGAACACCAGAUGUUUUUGAUUGGUUAGUCAACAGGACCAACACAAUUGGUGUCGUCAGCACCCAAAAUUAGAGCUGCGACAGCAAAACUACAAUAGACUCAAAGCCUAACAGGAAAUUGCGUAGAACAGUUUGUCUUUUCAGAUUGGCAAGGCUGAGAGAUCCGGGUUGAUUAUUUGAAAAAGAGGAAGAAGAAGAAGAAGAAGAUGGGCUCACCGGAACAGGUUUAUAUAGAUGCUGACGUUUCGAAGAGCUUGAUCGGCUCUCCAUUGUCAAAGCGUCAAGUGCACUUAAUCGACCAUAAAUCCCAAGUGGCGUGUCACGUUGUUCGGCCUCGUGCUGAUCUACUUUUCUCUCCUCUCGCUGCCUCGGCCUCUCGGGGGAUGGUUGAGGGGCUGGUUGACGGAGUUGCACGAUGACUAGGCUAAGCAGGUGAAGGUCGCCGCAGAAUCACGUCAUCUUAGUAAGUGCGACAUUUUUAAUAGCAGACUCGGGAAAAAUGCGAACUCGCACGGCUAGGAAACUCAGAUAAUCAGAAGAAAAGGUGGCAAGCGAACGUCGUUUCAGAUAAUUUCUCGUCAGGCCAGUACAAUUAUAUGGGACGGGGUACAGUGAGUGGAAAAAAUCGAUAAAAUUCAGUUUCAAAAACUAACUUUUAUCGAUUUUUUUCAUUCACUGUACUCCGUCCCGUAUAAAUGUACUGGCCUGACGAGAAGUCAUCGAAAGCAACGUUCGCUCGCUACCUUUUCUUCUAAAUAUAGCUAUGGAUAUUUUCACAACUCCAAAACUCUGGUGACUUUAAAAUACCGACCUGUCGAUUUAACGAGGGGGGGGGAACCUGCUACUAAUGUGACCGGAUUCUGUUGUCACGGCAUCACGAAACAAUGCGACCUGCGAUUGUCGGUAUGACCCGCAGCAGCCGUUGGCCAGCCGUCGGGGUCUGGCUAAGAGGUUCAGCGGCAGAUGAACUUUCUGAUAUUACGAUCAAAGCUGCCUUGUCAUGGGCUGCGAAACGUGACAUGUACGCGCUAACAGCCCAAGGUAUGUCCGCAUGUUUGAGCCCUACGGUUUCUACUCACAAACUGACAGCGUCUAAAAGGCGAAAUUCCGCUGUCGACUGGAAUACCGGCCGUUGGCAACACAAUCACUCCUCAACAGUUCGCAAGGUUUAACCGCCCAAGUCAACUAGCCGGCAUGGAGCUAUUUCUUAAUGCCCACCCUUCAAUCCCUGUUCAAGUUGAUGCCGUCGUUGUGACUGGAAAGCUGGCAGAUGUGUAUAAGCGAGAUCUAAAGAGGCUGCUGAAUCAUAAAUGCAAUUAUUUGAUGUGCCCAUAUGUCUGGAUCGCAGGGCGGGCCUUUUGUAGCCUGAAGUACGUCACAGGCUUAACUCCAAAGUGUUGGAACUGGGAUGCCGGGCACCAAAUAUACCUGUUGGAAACUUAAAUACUUAAGGGGUCAUUUUAUAUGAAGGCCCUCAUUCCUGGUUGAUCGCAUGGAACCAUUCGGAGUCAUUUUGCUUUUGAAAGGCCUCUCAUACUGAGGGUCGAGCUUUGCUUAGGUAACCUCAUGUGGACACGAAUGCGGUAGGAUUAUAUUCGAUGAAACCACAAGACACGACCGAUCCUGAAUGCCUCUAUAUACCCUCACAAUUUAGAACUGUAUGAUAUGACAGAGUACUGCAGAACUAGGACUACAAGAGCUAGAUUUACUUGCCUGUAAUUGGGUCCUCGCAUGAAAUUCGUUGGUGCGCGAUGUUCUUAUUGUCAGCACCUUAACUUACUAAUUGCAGUGCCCGCUGUACGAGUGCGUCAUGUCAGAACUUGUUGGUGCGAUGCAAAAACUAAUCUACUAAUUAGCAGUUAGUAGUGUCUUCGUCACAGCUAAAAAACAUCGGUCAUUGAAGAAUCAAGAGUGGCGUGAACAUUUUCGGUAGGCCUUAGCGACAAGCUCAUUUAGUUACUUUGUUCACACAACCCUGUCCGCUGUUUCUCCUCCAAAAUUGUCCAAAUUAGGUGCCUGUCAACGCAUGCACAGUUCAUGCUGACUCAUCUACCCGACCUGGACUUCAGUGCUGCAAUUCACAUUGGCCGUCACCUAAACUACUUACUCACAGUUUCUCAUGGUCACAACAUUCACUACCUGAAGGGCAUCGUCGCCAAGGUCUGGGGUCCACUUUAUUUGCAUGUUGAACUCGAACGUGUCACGUACCCGAUGAAGCGUCUCACUGAGCGGGAGAAGGUCUAUCUGGCUACCGAGGUAAGCUGAGAAUUUUGUUUUCUGUAAUUAUGAGGUGAAAGGCCCUGAGAGCUGAGUGCCGGAACAUUACUUACAAAUAUUUGGGCCACAUACUGUCCGUUCGACCGUCGUUGCCGACGAUGUCCACUGUGUGCUCCACAACAGGGCGAGACCAGGGAUGGUAAAGUAAUUUAAAGUGAAAAUAGACUUGCACAGCAUCUAUCACACCCUCUCCUGCCCCCUCACUUGGGCCCGGUGUCAAAACGGAGACAAGAAGAUUGGAAACGGAAGAGGAGACAGGUGGUUUGCACGAAGAAAACCACACCUAGAUGAGCAAUCAAAUCCCCUCGUCCACAGCAAACACUGACAAGGAUUUUACACAACAAGAGGCAAAAUGGACGACUCGGAUCCUACGGAGUGAGAGUGCCAUAGGGUUUACAUUAAGAGGAGGCCAUUGCAGCCUGACAAUCAGUACAUUAGUUGGCCACUUCGCACAAUCACACACUGGGCUGACUGCGAGGUCUGGGUCCCAUCAGACCGGACAGUUAUUACUAACUUUACUAGAUUUCCAGUUUUCGAUAAACUGGGGAUUGUCUAGUGGGGCCAGUUUUAAUUAUUCAAGCGUCACCCUGCUUGAAAUUAUUUUAACCUGUAAGCGUGUGAAUGAACAAAGUAUGGGCGAGCACCUCGACAGAGAGCCUGCUUAAUUAAACUGAGGCGACCCUCAGGACAUCACAGAAGAUUGUUUGCCCGGUGCAUUUUCCUCACCAUAAGCAGUCUGGCGCUCUUGAGACUGCCACAGUGCGCUGUGAAGGUUGCCAACUGACGGGCCUACUCAGACCUCUCAAUCAGUCCAGUGUGUUUUUGCGUAGAGUGGUCGAUAAGUGAACUGACUGUCAGGCUGCAAUGAUUCCGUCUUAAUGUCCUCUCUAUCGCACUCUCAUUCCGUGAGAUCCGAGUCGUCCCCCUCGCCUCUUGUUGUGUGAAAUUCUUGUCAGUGUACGUUAUGGAUCAGGGGGUGUCGUUGCACGCCUAGGUGCGGGUUUGCGCCGUGCAGGCCACCUGCGUCAUCUCCGAUCUCCCAAUCUUCUUUACUCCGUUUUGUGAUCGGACCCAAGUGGGGGAGGAGAGGGUGUGGUAGAUGUAUCGAAAGUCUACCAGCACUUUGAAUUAGAGUAGGUGGGCUAACUCAUGCAAUCUCAAAAGACAUUCAUAAAUGCGUGUUCGCUUCGAAAAGAUUGAUUAAGUGGGGUUGUAAAACUAGUCGGCUUGCAGCAUAAUUCUAUAAUAUUUCAGUUACCUCAGGAUGCCGGCUUUCGAAUGAACUUCCUUCUGGCUGCAUGUAACAACUAAAUUCUGUGAAAAAUGACUGCUUAAGUAGCAUGCAUUUUCUCGCCAAUUAGCGGUCCCCUUAAAAAUUCAAUUAUAUUUUAUGUGAAAAUGCAUAAAAAUAUUCCUUCUUUCGCUCAUUCGGUGGAAAAUUACCUCUUCUUUCAAUUUUAUACUCGAAGACGGACGUAAUUCAGUUUUAAAAAAGUUUCUAAUUGUGAGACUUUAAUAUCGUGAAAUGUCUUUGCAUUUACCAAUGUGGCUUCCAAAGUUAACAAUAUGCAUCAAAUCCAAUGCAAAAUUUUAUGAGCCUCAUAUGGUUUCCUCUUAAAACCGUGGAGAAAUGUGUGGUUUUCCGUCCGCGGAAAAUAUACGGCUUGUAGUUUUGAAACCCUGAAUGCAAGUGUGACGGCAGAGCGGGUUCAAAAUUAUUAGGAAAUUUCUAAAAGUUUUAAAAACCAAAUAAUAUCAUUCCUUCUAGUAUAAAAUUGGAAAAAGACAUAGUUUUCUACCGAAUGAGCGGAAGAAUGAAUAUUUUUAUGCAUGUUUUCUAUGAAAUAUAAUUAGACUUUUAGGGACGUCGAAAGUCAAUGAAAAAAGUGCAUGCCAUUUAAGUAGUUAUUUUUUAGGGAGUCUGAUUUUUGGAUGCAACCAUCAAGGAGUUUGCUCGAAAGCCGGCGUCCUGGGGUGACUGAAUUAUUAUAAAACUACGCUGCAGGCUGACUAGUUUUACAACCCUACUUAAUUAAUCUUUUCGAAACGAAAACGCAUUUCGGAAUUUCUGUUGAAAUUUCAUGAGUUAGCCCACUUAAUGUAAUUUAUGCUCAAGUCACCAUCUCCGCUCGCAACCUGUUGUGGAGCACAUCGUUGGCAACGAUGAUCGACCUGUCAAUUGUCAGCUCGACUUUGACGUACAAGGUGAAGGCUUAAUAGUAUGAUUUCUAUGCACCUCCUACUUGAGCAGGACCAUAUGGGCCAUUUGCGUUUUCCACUGACUCCUUUUCCGUCGAAGGUGAACAUCCACUACCGUCUACCCUUUCCUUCCUCGUCGCAUUUCCAGUCUAGGAACAAAAAUUCUGAGUGUUGUCAAACUUUUUUGCUGUCAGAAUGGUAGACGUAUCCCCUUGUUAAGCCAGUACUGUCGACGACGGCCACCAUCACCAAACUGAACUUUUAAUCAGUAUACUGAACGGAGACCUUCGGCAAUCCCGGUAAGGAGAAUGAGGUGAUGCUUGAGCAGAUUUUCAGUUACAGUUGCCUUCACUGGGCGGGAAAGAGUAAACGUUGGUGAGGGGUCUAGCUUUAUUUCGAAAAAUUGAGCCGGGUCCAGAAGCGGAGCUGUGGUUGACGACUGAGCAAGGAAUUUGCUGGCCGGGAGGAAUGUGCGUUUCACAGCUGCCACAUCAAAUGCCCCAUCCACUAGAUCUGAUACUGUAACCGCAGGUGCCAGAGGAUAAUUGAAUCAGCACAAACUUCUCGUUUUUGGUUUCUCUGCGUGGUCUGAGUUUGCGUUAGUCAGUUUAAUCAGUUUCAGCAAAAUUACUUUGGCAGGCGGAGUUAGACGUGGAUAUGUUCGGUCAGGAUGAUUCUUCUCAAAUGUUCGAUUCCAAUUCGAGCAGGAGUGGAGUGAUUGGUCAGUAACAUCGACGGGACUGUUGAACAUGGCUCUGCUUUGCGUGUGAAUCCCUCCAAAUUAAUUCACACCCUGAAUAGGCGCACCCCGAGAGGACACGUGGGGGGGGGGGGGGUUGAUUGUGGUCAAAAGUGUUCCCUAUAUUCGCGUUUUUGCGAUCUUGAUGGUUCUUGUCAGUAUUAUCUAUCCGAUUGACUUUGGAAAUUGCUGUACCAAAAAACACCGAAGUUCAUCAUGUCCGCUGAUCACCUGAGGAUCUUCCAGGACACACAGAUGAUCCCGACGCACUUCGAUGUGACAUUUACGACGUCGGGGGGGGGGGGCUGUUUUCAUGUCUCUUCUUCGUAAGGAUCACAUUUUUUGGGUAUCAUCGUAGGAGAGGCGAUUGGGCAGGCGUUCAUAAGACAUGUUUGCGGAGCAGCUGCUCCACUGAACCUAGAUUUUUGUGGCCAUCGUAAAGAUACUGUUGAGUGGUAUCUGCUUUCGUCUUUGAAGAUGGGUCCGAGCAGGAAUCCGAAACGUCAGGCUAAUAAGCCUCUUGUCCCAACGAUCGUGUCUUCUUCUUCAAUACUGUUGACUGCUGGCAUAUCUCUUUGCUACUGCAUCUUCACCGCUCUCCGAGGACAACUAAGUUGAACGUUGUUAAACUUCCGUGAUUUAUAUUUAAGUUGUCCGAUCUUCUGUAUUGCACGGAGACUUUAUGCCAUCUGCUACCAUGUGCACAUUCGGUUGGGCGUUGGAAGGACCUCUUCUGAAUUUCGCAUGUUUAGUGGAGGCCGACCGGAGCUCUGAGCGGGUUUGGAGAUCCAAGGUAAUCUUUCAUCGAUUAUAAUGAGGUCUCUUUAGAUGAGCCGCCAACCUAGGCUAACUUUUCUACGACAAUGAUUGAGAGUCCCCUGUAUAACGUCUUCGGUGGCGUUUGACACAUGAUGACUGUUUUCUCCGGUUUCAUGUUAAAUCCGAUGUUAGAGUACCUGAUUUUGAGGGGUUCCAGACAUUUUCGUCUUUUUAUCUUGCCCUGAGACAUUUACGUGACGGUGUGCAUUAAAGGGAUGCAAAAUGGCCUCCUAUAUGUUAGACAGCUAAUUUCGAUCCUAGAUAAACGAAAUUUCGACCAUCACGAAUGAUGAUCUCCACCAUAGGUAAAAGAACCGGAAUACGAACCCCUCGCACUACAGACGGCCCUGCGCCAAAUGCCAGAGAGAUUAAGAUCAGAUCAGAAGAAGAAGCGAUCGCUGGAACAAGGGCUUUAUUCGCCUGACGUUUCGGAUUCUCACCUGAAUCCAGCAUCAGAGACAGUGGCAGAAAAGGGUGACUCGUGCACAGGAAGUUGCAGUAUUUAUAGGAUGCAGUCGCUACGCAAGAAUUUCGGCCUUAUCGCGAGAGGGGAUAAUCACAUAAGCUUCGAGUUGUGUGAGUCAUGGUUCACGGGACCUCAGUCUUUCAACAAGUGCAACGACAACCCAACUCCAUAUUCCCUUCUGAGGCAUAGGCUGGCCAAAGUAAUUGACCACUCGCGGAGCGCGCAAGCCAAUGAGCCAAGUGGCCGAGCAAUCAUCACGUCAGGAUCCAACACAGGCGAUGAGAUUUCGGCAAUUGACAACUUGCAUGCCGGUCAGCAAGGCAGUAGCGCACCAGCGGGCAACAAUCCUUGAUGAAGGGGAGCGCGGUUAAUUGCUAUAGGUAUGCGGUAGCAUAGCGACUGCAUCCUACAAAUACUGCAACUUCCUGUGCACGAGUCACCCUUUUCUGCCACUGUCUCUGAUGAUGGAUUCAGGUGAGAAUCCAAAACGUCAGGCGAAUAAAGCCCUUGUUCCAGCGAUCGCUUCUUCUUUUGAUCAACUAGUUCCUGGGACUCGCAUCUUCGCUUGUAUCGGCAAUUAAGACCAGAGUUAAGGUAGGAUUAAUGUUAUGCUUAAGGCCAAGGCUGGGGUUACAGUUAAGAUUUAAUUUAAUGUUAGGUCACGGGGACGGGUACUCUUCGUGAAAUUGAGCCCAAUGCCACCUGUUUACUGGACGGGCUUCCUAUUCUCCGUGUCCUACCCCAUCCUACUGGGGAUGAGAUGGGACACAAAAAUCAAUUUGGCGUAAAAGCCCUCGUCUGCGUGCGUCACAUACAUUCGCCAGCCUCCCACUCCAUGCGAACCCCGACUCUCUCAAAAAAGUGGAAGAUGCCAGUUCGGCCGUCGUUACUGACGACUUACACCGUGUGUCCCAAAGCACGGUGGACGCAGUGACGGCGACCUAAUCGAGAAUUAGACUUGCGCUGCAUCUACCACACUCUCCCCCCUCGACCAUAUAAUUCAGAAGUGUUUUGGCGAAUUUCUGAAUUACGUGAGCCUGGUAGUCCUCCGAUAGAUUCUAGAUGCAUUACUUAGGAAAUCCUGCUUGGGCAGGCAGCUUACCGUGUCAGAUUUGGUGAAUUGCAGACUUUGCAGUAGGUUGGGCGGGUAAACUUGGCCCAGAUGUGAUAAAAAUUGCGUCGUCCGGUGGGGCCGCGUAGCUCACAUGGUUGGGGCGUCGGCUGUACCCAAUCCUCCCCUUAUUGUCGUGGGUUCGAAUCCCACCGAGGCACUGAGUUUUUCACAUUUGGGUCAAAUUGAAGUAAUUAAUUUUAUCAAACGGCAGAAACGGUUACCGAUGUUAUUCAUUGGUUCAGUCAUUGAUCCAGUUCAUUCUGCGUCUUGCGAUUUUCUACACAGGCAGAUGCACUCUCCUCACUCUGCCAGGAGGCAGCAUUGACCCCACAGUUGUGCGACAAACGCGUUCGUAUGAAAAGGGAGUAUAACGUCAUACUGAAGUCAAGGUCACCUUGAUGGCAUUGAGAGUUUCAUCAAACUAAUUCCGGUAAACACAGUGCGGAAUCCGUUUUUUACUUAAGCUUCCUUAGUAUUCAGUCGCUUUCUAAACGCUGCAAGUUCUCAUUAGAAAGUCGUUGGAAGCGUGAGAUACUAGUGCCUGUGUUUAUGUUUGUAGCGCAAAACGUGCCAAACAAUGCAUGGAUUCCGAUAGUCAAUGUCUUGUUAUCAUAUAGAAUGAAGGCUCCAUGUCCGAUUUUAAGAGGAAAUACUAUGCAGUGAAAAUAAGUUGGCCACCCUCCUUGAACAGGUCAAGCCGCAGACACAACCGUAUCAACAAACCACAGGAAGUGAGUAGACUCAUGAAAUGUUAGCCGAGAUUCCGAAAUGCGCUUUCGAUUGGAACGGAUUACUAUAAAGGGGAUGAAAUGCUGACUAAGGUUCAGCAAAAUGUCAACAUAUUUAAGUCCCACGGGGACGUCCGCUUUUCAAUUCACUUCUUUUCGGCUGUCUGCAAAAGCCGCAUUCGACAAAAAAUUAUUGCUUAAUUAGCAUGAUUUUUUCCAUUGAUCUCAAUGCCCUUAUUUAGUCAAAUACUUUAUACUUAACAUCUUCUUAAAAAGAUUACUUACUGUUCUUAUUUAGUAGAAAAUUUGGUCUUAAAAUUUUAUUUCCCAAAAAGGACAUCAUUUAGUCUAGGAGUUUUUAAUUGAAAGACUUUUUAAGAUUGUGGAAUUUCCACUCAUAGAGGAUCGUAUCUGCCCGUUUACUGGUUUUUUCUUUUGAAGCGUAGAACAUGGUUCAACCCCAUUGCAAAAUUUUUUUUAGCCCCGUAUAGUACCUUCUUAGUGAUAUGGAGGAAUGUAUGGCUUUACUUAUAUUGAAAAUAUGUGACAUAUAAACUAUAAACGUAAGCGCAAAAGCAACGACAGGUAGGACCCGAAAUUAUUCGGAAAUCGGAAAGCGUUUUUAGCCCAAAUAUGCCCCUUGUUUGAGUAUAGAAUCCAAGGAAGACGUGAUUUUCUGCCAGUGGAAUAUUAGAGAGCAUGUUUUUGAGAACGUCGCUAGGACAGGGAUAUGCGCAGCAAGGUUUCUUUAUGAAAAGUUGUAACCCGUUUACUUGGAUAUAAGGAGGCACAAAACGCUCCGUAGGUGCCAACUGUUUGAAACAUGUUAUAACCUUUUGCUCCAUCUUCGAAUGUGAGUGCUUUCUUCCUAGGUUUUUGCUAGAAUGCUGGAAACCGUCACCUGGAAUUCAUUAAACCCCUUCGAGGGAGUCCGACGUAACAUUGCGCAAGAUCAGCAGUCACGGUUGAUUCGCUAUGACAAUGUCACCAGUCAGUACGUGCAAGAUCAACUAAAGGAGCCCAAAUUCGGCGGUACCAAUAUUGGUGACCUGAUGCAUAAUGCGGCCAUACAGCAGGCCAUAAAAAAGGAUCAGAUGCGGGCGCAGGGGCCAUGCAGUUCACAGUGGAAAACCUCCGAACCUUUCAUGCAGCCUCAGGAGGUCUGCCAAGAUGUACAGGGCUACUGCCAGGCCGAAAAGACAGCCGCACAGCCAUGUCGUGCCCAAGCCAAACCCACGGUUCCUUUUCCGCCGGACCGGUGUCAGAUUGCGCAUGGAAUGCACUACCAGAAGGAAAGAAGACCCUAG